GCACAAGUGACUGCAGUACAGUGUGAUUUAUGUUAACAUCUUUUUUCUUACUUGUGCCAUUCCUUUAUAUUUUGGAUCAGCCACAGCUCCUACAGUUAGAAAAGCAGGAGGAAAAGUACGAGAAAAGGCAAAAGGAAAAACAGGAGGAAAAGCAGAAGGAAAACAAGAAAGAUAGAGACCGUUUUGGAAUUGUCGUAGCGCCUACCGUCAUCCAGUCUUCAUCAUUACAAACUGUCAUUGAUUGUCAUGGGGAAUGAACAAACCAAAGCGGACACUGAGAAAACUAAUGGGAAGCGUUCAAAAAAUCAUCGUGAAAGACCGGGUUUUAAACUCAUGGAGGAAACGCAGGAGAAAAAACCUGAGCCUGAGGAACAGGAGAAAAUCGGAGGACAGUCGGAGGACACUGGGGAACAACAUCGGACAAGCGAAGAUGGGGGAGCAGCUGAUAAAGGAGAGGGAGAGGAACAGUCGGAUGAUACUGGAGGACACUAUCAAGAUCGGACAAGCGAAGAUGGGGGAGCAGCAAAUAAGGGAGAAGGUGACUUAAUCGGACUUAAUCAGAAGAAGAAGAAGAAAAAGAAGGGUGUAGGGAGUGACCCCGUCCAGCCCAAGGUCUCGGUAGCCCCCGUCGUCCAGGUCGUACCUAGAUCCGUGGAGGAGUUCGUUGGUUUAAACGUAGGUGGUGUGGUGUAUAUGACUAGUCGCAGCACACUGUUUCGAUACCCCGACUCUUUACUGGGAAUACUCUUCACAGCAUCGGUCCCGACCCCAAAGGAUGGCCAAGGAAAUUACAUGAUAGACGGCGAUGGUCAGAUGUUCCGACACGUUCUGAACUAUCUACGGCGGGGCGCCCUCUGCCUCCCCAAUGAUUUCCAGGAGCACCGGCUUCUCCAGCAGGAAGCAGCCUUCUACCAGCUUCCGGAACUGCAGGUUCUCAUCUCUCAGGAUCUCCGUAGCAAGACUGCAAGCACACCAAGCGGGGUCUUGGUCGAGACACCGAUCAAAGUAGAGCCUACUAUUAAAGAGACUUGUAAGUAUGUCAUCGAGAUCUUCGUCAGCGAAGAAGACAACGCACCGCAAUCGUGGCGCAUCUAUGGUGGCCUCAACUUCCUAGAGAAUAUCCCCACCCUGAGUGCCUACAUUGAUCAAUACAGGAAGGGCAGCCAGUGCCUCCAGUUCACCACGCAGCAUCCGAUGUUCCCUUCGAACAUCCACAGGAGAUUCCCAAAGACCACCCUGUUUUACCACAUAUUCAAUCUCGGCUUCAAACUCCACACUUCUGAGUGUAUGGAGAUCGUCGACGAAACCAGUACCGAAAUUCCAUGGCUAAGAUACCUCUUCACAUCCACAACAUUAUAGUCAUAUUGGCUCAGUUCUAUCUAAAAGUCAAUGCCUUUUAUAUGGUGAGAUAUAAGCGAUUAUAAUCGCACAUCCAUGACGCAUAAACACUCGUACUUUACAAAGUCAUUCGUAAUUGUCAUAUUCCUCGUCGUGUAACAUCUUUAUUAUACAGUGCGUCCCAGAAAAAGCG